AUGUUCGCUUCAAGCAAUCGCAUCCGAGUCGCAGCUUGCCUGGCCGCUAUCUUCGCAUGCCAAUGGGCCGUCCCGGUCCUCGCCAGUCCGACUCCAGUCGACGCCACGGUCGCGCAGCACGACCCGAGGCUUGUCGGUCUCAUCAAUCCUUCCAUUUUGGUGACCCCUCUUCUUACUGUUACGAUUACGACGGUCCACAUCCCUACGUUCACGCCCAUUGUUUGA